AACACGACUUCUUGUGUAGUCAAAUGUACCACGCAGACCUUUUCUCCUUCUUACAGUAAACUCCAUAAAUCCAAUUAUAAAAAUCAUAGCCUAUAAAGCUCAAAUACCAGAACAUUUCCUUCCAAUUCAUUCUCCUUCUUACCCAAAGCUCCAUAACCCAUCAUCAAAAACUUCGGAUCCAUAGCCCUUAGAGCUCAAAUACUAUUACCAAUUUUUUCUAUCUUCCACUUUUCAACAGAAUAAAGCACCCAAAAAAUAACCCGAAAUGAGGAUUCCUUUAUUUAUCGCCAUUGUUUUUGUUCUAAGCUUAUCGCCAGCUUCAGCUCAUUUCUUCCCAAAUAUCUCUUCAAUUCCUCCUUCUUUAUUGAAGCCUAAUAACACUGCUUGGGAUGCUUUCCACAAGUUAUUGGGUUGCCACGCCGGUCAGAAAGUCGACGGCUUGGCUAAAAUUAAAAAUUAUUUUUAUAAUUUUGGGUACAUUCCUUCUUUGAGUAACUUUACAGAUGACUUUGAUGAUGCUCUUGAAUCUGCGCUCAAGACUUACCAGCAAAACUUCAACCUCAACACCACCGGUGUACUCGACGCGCCGACGAUUCAGCAUCUUAUAAGACCCAGAUGUGGAAACGCCGAUGUAGUUAACGGCACCAGUACAAUGAACUCCGGCAAGCCGCCGGCAGGUUCUCCGUCGAUGCACACGGUGGCUCACUACUCGUUUUUUCCGGGCAGACCACGGUGGCCGGCGAGCAAGACAGAUUUGACAUACGCGUUUCUACCGCAGAACGGCCUGACGGAUAACAUUAAGAGUGUGUUCUCACGCGCAUUUGAACGGUGGUCGGAGGUAACCCCGUUGACCUUCUCUGAAACGGCGUCGUUUCAAUCGGCCGAUAUUAAGAUCGGGUUUUUCGCCGGAGAUCACAACGACGGCGAGCCGUUUGAUGGUCCGAUGGGGACAUUAGCACACGCGUUUUCGCCGCCGGGGGGACAUUUUCACUUGGACGGCGACGAGAAUUGGGUCAUCAACGGCGUGCCGAUUGAUGAAGGGAAUUUCUUUUCAAUAUUAUCGGCGGUGGAUCUUGAAUCGGUUGCGGUUCAUGAAAUCGGGCAUUUAUUGGGUUUGGGCCAUUCUUCUGUAGAAGAUUCUAUUAUGUACCCGAGUUUAGCAGCAGGUACCCGAAGAGUGGAGCUUGCAAAUGAUGAUAUUCAGGGAGUCCAGGUGUUAUACGGGUCUAACCCGAAUUUUACUGGGCCGAACACAGUUUUGACUCCGACGCAAGAGAAUGACACAAAUGGAGCCCCGAUAUUUGGUUCAUUAUGGGUUCACGUGGUCGUUGCAUUCUUCUUAUCAUCAUUUGUCCAUUUAAUUUAAAAAUACUAUAUUUCUGUAUUAUUUAAUUCAUUUUAAAAAAUUUAAAAUAUCAUACGCCAUUACGUUGUCUUUUAAUGAAGAUUGUUUCACUAGAUGUUAAUUCCAUUAUGCUUGUAAAUGGUUGUUUUAUGUAUAGUUUUAGCUAUUCUCUUUUUUACUUGAAUAAAAAUUGACUCUAUUUUGAGGCAGAUAAA